AUGACCUUGAUUUCGACCUCAAUUAUCAUUGAUAGUACGCCUGAAGUUGUUAGAAAGUCAUUUCUUGACUUUAAACAUUACCCGGAAUGGGCACCAUUCAUUACAUCAGUUCAGGUCCAAGAUAAGAAAAGAGAUCAAGAAAUUGAUUCCUAUGCUGAUUUAAAAGCAGGUGAACAUUUGGUAGUUGCAUUACAAGAUAAAGAAGGAGCCAAACCAAAUAUAAUUGAGCCUGUUUUACUUGAAAAUUCCCCAGAAAGAUUCCAAUGGAAGGGUAAGGUUCUUUAUGAUUGGAUCUUUUGGGGUGCUCAUAAAUUUGAAUUCAAACCAAUUGAAAAUGGCACUAAAACAGAAUUGAUUCAUUCAGAACAAUUUGGUGGUUUGCUUACUUCAAUUGUUAUUUAUUUUUUCAAUCCUGAAGCACUGUUUAUUCGUUUCAACGAAUCACUUAAGAAAAGAGUAGAGUCAAUAUAG